ACUCCAUCAAUAGCUUCCCUUCAUGGUUCGUUGACAGGUAUGCUACAGUGGCUCUUGGACUUCCCGCCAUCAAAUCGCUCACAAGCAAGAUUUGGAAACCCUAUGUUUCGGAUGUGGCACAAAAGACUUGUCGAGCGUAGUGUCAAUGUGAUUGAAAGCAUUACCGAACAGAAUGAUCGGGACAUCGUGAUUGAGUUGAUUGCCUAUUUCCAAGCCGCCUUUGGUCACGAGGUUCGUCUAGAUUAUGGCACUGGUCACGAAUGCUCCUUUCAAGUCUUUUUGUUUGUGCUUUGCAAAUUAGGAUGUUUCGGUUCGACCACUGAUGUGCCACCUUCCGCUGAACACCUCAAAGCGACAACAAUAUCGAUAUGGAGUGCUUACCUUUCGUUGACUAGACAAGUACAAACCGAUUAUAUGCUCGAACCCGCAGGAUCUCAUGGUGUUUGGGGUCUAGACGACUAUCACUGUCUUCCCUUCUACUUUGGCGCGUGUCAGAUGCAAAGCGAUGGUCUCGACUAUAGGCCUGACAGUAUCCAUGACAAUUCUUUGUUGGAGAGAGAACGCAACUCGCUUUUGUAUUUUGGUUGCAUUCGUUACAUCAAAUCUCUCAAAAAGGGCGCACCUUUUUACGAGCAUUCACCGAUGCUAAACGAUAUCAGCAACCUGCUGAGUUGGGCGAAGGUGGCAUCGGGUCUUUUACGGCUGUUCGAAGGCGAGGUUCUGGACAAAAGGCAAGUUGUUCAGCACUUUGUCUUCAAGAACCUAUUCACAGCGGAC